AUGUCAGACUUAGAAAGCUACAAUUCAACUUCGGCCGAUCAGGCCACAACCCCUCAGCGCCCUGAUCAUGUCUUGAACGACCACAGGCAGCAAAGAGAAAACUUGCCUCCUCCAGAUGAGGAGGCCACUCUGGAUUCACAAGCCAGAGCUGGUAGCUUUGGUGACGCCAGCGCCAUUGCAGGUGCCGUUCCCAAUGCGAGGCCUAGACGGCAUCAUGAGACUCCCAGGGUUCGCAGAAACACCCGUUCUCAGCUGGUGAGCGAGGCAGUUUCGGCGGAGGACGCUGCUUACUUGAUGAGACGCGCUAGCAGACACUCUCGCAAUUCAAUCGACAGACAACAGGAAGGGUUGGCCAACUUGGGCAGACAGGGUACCAACGAUACGUUUGCCUCAAGCAUGCACGGGCAUCAGUUUUCCAAGCGUGAGAGAAGACCUUCCAAGGGCUCUGUCGAUAGUGAUGCCGACUCUCAUGCGUCGAGAUCUUCUCAGGAGACGGAGGAGGAUGUGUGUUUCCCCAUGUUGCGUGAGCAUGUUCGUGUCAAUGGCAUUGAUUUUGAUGAAAUCGAGGAGUUUAUCAAGGAAGAGCGUGAGAACGCAGAGCAGGUGAAGCAGCAGGAAAAAAUCAUCGCUCAGAACAUCGGUUGGAACCCCCUGACUCCAGCUGCGACUUCGACCGCCAACUCCUUCUCUGAGAGGCCCUUGAGCAAGACCGCCGUAAAGUACACUCCAAAGCACGUCCUUGCUAGAAUGAAGGGUAGAGUUGAUGCGUCAGAAAGCUCGGAGAAGAGCACUUCUGUUCGCGGUAUUACAACCGAUGCUGGUAGACACAACUCUGACUCCUCCGAGUCUGCAUUCUACGAGAAAAAGAAUUCUGAAGACGAUGAUUCCUUCGUUGUGAAAUUUGGUGGUGCCAAGAUAAACGAGGAUGAUGACUUGGGAUUACCUGAAAGAUAUUCGUUCUUCCACUCUGACAACGAGGAGACUGUCCAUGCACCUGACAUUCCCUCUUUGGUUGAGCCUGGCCAGACGGUUCAGGAGUUGUUCAAGAACGGCGACGGAACUUGGUGGUUGGAUGUGACUUGUCCUACCGAUGCUGAGGUGAAGACUUUAGCUAAGGCGUUCGGUAUUCAUCCUUUGACCGCCGAAGAUAUCAGAAUGCAAGAGACUCGUGAGAAAGUGGAGUUGUUCCGCAGCUACUACUUUGUUUGCUUCCAUACCUUUGAGCCUGAUAAAGAAUCGGAGGAUUACUUGGAGCCUAUCAACUUCUAUAUUGUUGUGUUUAAGGAAGGCGUGUUGACAUUCCAUUUUGCUCCUGUACCUCACCCAGCAAAUGUCAGAAGAAGAGUCAGGCAAUUGAGAGAAUACGUUGAUGUGAACGCAGACUGGCUUUGUUAUGCCAUGAUCGAUGACAUCACAGAUGGAUUCGCCCCAGUUAUUAUGGGUAUCGAAUAUGAAGCAGAUGCUAUCGAGGACUCGGUCUUGACAGCACGCGAGAUGAAUUUCAGCUCCAUGUUGAGGAAAAUUGGUGAGGCCAGAAGAAAGGUCAUGACAUUGAUGAGACUUCUCUCCAAUAAGGCCGAUGUUAUCAAGAUGUUCGCGAAGCGAUGCCAGGAUGAAAACCAUUAUGGCCCUCGUACUUAUGAAGAGUUCAGCCCACCCCCUAGAUCUGGCAAUGAAUCAUCUCACAAUUCUGACAUCAAUCAACAAAGAGGGAAGGUAGCGCAACCAAGAGCCGAUAUUGCAUUGUAUUUGGGUGAUAUCCAAGAUCACGUUCUCACCAUGUACCAAAAUUUGGGCGCCUACGAGAAAAUUUUCAGCAGAUCUCAUUCAAAUUACUUAGCACAGUUGCAAGUUGAGUCGUUCAAUGCCAACUUGAGAGUCACAGAGAUCUUGGGAGGUGUCACGUUGCUCGGAACAUUGAUCUUGCCAAUGAAUCUGGUUUUCUCGGCAUUCGGUAUGAAUGUUCAAGUGCCAGGUCAAGACGUUCCCGGUUUGGGUUGGUUCUUUGGUAUUGUGGGCGUGCUUUUCAGUGUUGUCGCUUCUUUGGUUUGCUUCGUGAAGGUGUACUUGACCAGACGUGAGAGACAGAUCAUAAGACAAGAAGACGAGAAGAGGUCAAUUAGAAGUUUAGGGAUGAGGAUCAAGUCAAGAUCAAGAGAGGCUGCGAAGUCUAUCAUAAGUUUCCCUAAAGGCUAUGAUUAG